AUGCUGGUCUUCGUAGCGACAGGCAAGAACACCGACGAUGAUGUGCUUCGGGUGCCGCUGAACCGCCACAAUGACACCUUCCUAAUCAUCACAAAUGCACAUCCGGAUCCCAAUGAACUAGCCGAACUGUGGCUUGACCGCGACAGCAGCACCGAGUUCGCGCCGCAGCUGCUCGUAUCUAGUUUCUAUUCGAUUCUCAUCCCCGCCGGAUGCCAACCAACUAUAUUUCUGGGCGAUUUCGACCUGCCUCACGUCAUGCCUCACAAAAUUUGCAACGGAGCAGCAUUUGCUGAGGGUCCGGGCUAUUUCAAUGACCAUAUUGUGGCCAACCAGAGCCUGUACUAUUAUAAUUCUUGGGGCUGCGGUGGAAAACCGGUCGAUGCGAGGAUUGAACUGAUCGGAAUGAAGGCUGGCCAGAUCGAGAUCACCGUAUUCAGCUUGAGCCCGAAAGCCUCCGACGACGAGUUAAUCAUUUACACAAUGGAGAACUUCACGACUUCGAGCUUCACGCGCACCGCGGUGCGUGGAAUUGAGCAGCUGCUGCCGAUGCUCUUCGACGAGAAGAGCGACCAGGUGGUGGUCCAGUGCGCCACGUGUGGCUGCGCGUCCGAAGUUGGCGGCACUUUCGUUCGCAUCGCCAGCCAGAUGAUCUGCUCGCAAUGCUACAGCAACAUCAUGUGCAACCUGUCGGUGCCGAAGGAGUGCAACGGGGCGUACACCUGCAAGCGCUACCGCGAGGAACGCGCGGCCGCCGAGUUCCCGGCCAGCGUCAACUGCAUCGACGGCACGUGCACCGCCUGCAUCUUCACCCGCGCCCAGGAUCUCGGCAUCGUCAAGCAGCUCACCGAGCCUGACGAGGCUGACAACGCCGACCACAUCCACGGGGACGAGUGCCCGGUCCACCACUGCGGCCUGGGAACGCCGCCCUGCAGGAUGUCGAACACGUGCCGCCGCUACCGCAAGGAUCGCGCUGCCGCCGACGACCCGGCCAGCGUCACUGCGUUCGACAAGUCGUGCGGGGCCUGCUUUUUCCUCAGGGCCGGCGAUGUCAUGGGGGACCAGCUGCUGGAUGAGGAGGAGGGCGAUGAGGAGGAGCCGCAGGACAAGCCCGACACCGACACCAGCGUC